UACUUCGUUAUCAAGGCUUGCUAAAAAAGGGAGUUACUGAUUGGAACAUGUAAUGAUAACGGCUCAAUAUUUCGUUCAUACCGACCGUCGUACUAUUAUCGUAAUCAAACAUAUUUGCAAACCUCAUUCGCGCCUUACUUAGGUUGUAUCGUUUGAUGUACCAGCCAAGUUGCUGAUACCUUAUUACUGAUAUAAACCUUCAUUAUUCGCAUUACAACUCAACGAUUAUCCGCUGUGCUUUUUGUAAGCUUAGGAUAUCGUUUUAGUCCAAAUGCUUUGUUUCAUAUAUCUAACCUACUUAUUCACGACCAUCCGUGCAAUGACCGCUGAUUUAUGUUUUCAACCUCAAGACAUGCUGGAAACGCCUCGGCGAAGUGCCAUAUCUGUUAACAGUUAUGGUACUCUUGCAUUAUUCACUGAAUCUGUUUAUAAUUUCACCGAACACAAGUUCAACAAUGGUCUUUUCUUAAUAAACACAUCUGAGCCAGAAGCUGUCUCUCCAUUAGUUUUGGGAAAGAGUGCAAAGUCUCCGCAGUGGCUCGACGAGUCUAGUUUUAUCUACAUAAAGGAUGAUGAUUCAGAUGUUUCUUCGUUAGUUCUUUACGAUGUCGAAAGCCUCUUGGAGAAUACAAUUUAUACACAUUACGCCCCUAUAUAUGACCUGAAAAUUACUACGCAAGACAGCACUGUCCGUGUUGUGUUCAGCGGUCUUUCUGAGAAACCGAAAAAAAAUCCGCCCAAGGUCCAUGAAUAUGAAUCUAUAUUUGCUCGUCAUUGGGACCAUUGGAUAACGUCGGAAAAAAACACAAUCUUUUCUUUAGACUUCAACAGAACAUCCAGUCGCUCUUGGCUGCUCCCAUUGUCUGAUGAUGCUAAGAAUUUACUUCUCGGAACGAGUUUAGAGAGUCCUAUGGAACCAUUUAAUGAAGCAACUGACUAUUCAUCUUCGUUUGAAAAUCUCGUUUUUGUUGCUAAAGAUCCUGACCUUAAUCCCGCUCUUAAUUCAAGAACCAUUGUCUACUUGUUCAAUUAUGCAGCAUCUACUUUGACAGCAUUGAGUGAAACACAAGGAGCAUGCAGCAGUCCGGUUAUAUCUCAUGACAAUACUAUAAUCGCCUGGUUGGAAAUGAAAACCGCGAAAUACGAAAGUGAUCGCAACAGAAUUGCUAUCUAUGAUCUAACCACGGGAAAAAGAAAAAUAAUUGCGGACGACUGGGAUCGGUCUCCCAGUAAUAUUUUUAUUGGAAGAAACGGCGAUGAUAUAAUCCUUUACGCGAUUGCAGAUGACGAAGGCCGUCAACGUUUAUUCUCCGUGAAUCCUUCCACUGAAGCGGUAACACAAUUGACGAAGGAGCACAGCGUAAUUGCAGCUUCAUAUGCAAAUGAGCGUCUCUGGCUGUCACGCGCAUCCUUUAAAAAACCCACAUACUUUACGGUUGCUGACUUGCAAGGCAACGAAAGCAUCCUCUAUGAUAACAGGGUAGGUCUCGACAAUUUAGGUGUGGAGGAACUUUGGAUCUCGCGCGGUUCGUAUCGUGUUCAUUCAUGGGUUGUCAAACCAUCUAAUUUCGAUGCUCACCGUAAGUAUCCCUUGGCUGUUUUCAUUCACGGAGGACCGCAGGGGUCGUGGCUCGAUGGAUGGUCUUAUCGUUGGAAUGCUGCUGUCUUUGCUGAGGCUGGAUUCGUCGUACUGGCUAUCAAUCCUACAGGCUCAACAGGUUAUGGUCAAGCUUUCACGGAUGCUAUUCAAGGAAACUGGGGCGGUGCCCCCUAUAAAGAUAUCGAAGCCACUGUUGUCUAUGCGGCCAAGUCUCUUGGUUACAUUGACGAAGACAAAAUUGUCGCACUAGGUGCCUCAUAUGGCGGUUACAUGAUUAAUUGGAUUCAAGGACAACCGUUAGCAAAGAAGCUUAAGGCAGUCGUCUGUCACGAUGGUGUCUUCAGUACGCUUAACACUUUUUACACAACCGACGAAAUCUACUUUUCUACUCAUGAUUUUCUUGGAACGCCCUGGGAGGCGAGAGAAGUGUAUGAACGAUGGAAUCCUGCUAAUCUUGUAGACAAGUGGUCCGUGCCAGAAUUAAUCAUUCACAGUUCGAAAGACUAUCGGCUGCCGGAGUCAGAAGGCUUGGCAGCUUUUAAUGCUCUUCAAUAUAAACAGAUUCCUAGCAAGCUUGUCAUCUUUGAAGAUGAAAACCAUUGGGUUCUUUCUCCAGAGAACGGGCUCAAAUGGCACCAAAACGUUUUAAGUUGGAUAAAACGUUAUACGAAACACCCAUACACCUUUAUGAAGCAGAAAGAGUGAUACUAAUGCUAUUUUAUGUUGUAAUUUUCUUAAUAAUUGCUUAACGCGGCAAAGCCGCGGCGUUUACCCGACUUUAGAUGGAAAAAGUGAUGGCAUAAUGUGUACAGUCUGCGAAGCACUUUCCUCCUACCAAGAGCA